AUGGAAGCCAGGCUGCUGAGGACCAUCUGGGGACUCUUCCUGCUGUACCUGCUGCAGGCAGAGUCUACAAGUGUGGACUUAGUGCCAGAGAAGAUUGCAGGGUUCUGGAAGGAAGUGGCUGUGACUUCUGAGCAGAACCUGGUGCUGAAGACUCAGAGGAGGGUAGAGGGCUUGUUCCUCACCUUCAGUGGAAGGAACAUCACUGUGAAGGCUGUGUACAACAGCUCAGGAAGCUGCAUGACAGAAACAUCAGUGGGUUCAGGAAGAGACGCUGUUGGGGAAUUUGCUUUUCCUGGCCAAAGGAAGAUCUAUGUGCUGGACACGGACUAUGAGCACUACACCAUCCUCAAGUUGUCCCUGCUCUGGCAGGGUAGAAACUUCCAUGUACUCAAGUACUUCACUCGGAGCCUUGAGACUGAGGAUGAGCCAGGCUUCUGGAGGUUUCGGGAAAUGACGGCCGACCAAGGCCUUUACAUGCUGACCCGACAUGGGAGGUGUGCUGAGCUCCUGAGAGAGUCUGGAAAGAACGGUCUGCCGUGUGACCCCAAGCUGUCGUGCUUGGGUGUCAUGCCUUUGGGUGUGGGACAGAAUUAG